AUGCAUCUACUCGGCUCGGAAUCGGGCCCCGGGAAUGGACGUCUGGUGCUCAAGUGGACACCAAACCACGCCAUCUCGACAGAAGAUGCAGUUCAAGUACCCGUCUCUUCGAAGGAGGCAUCGACGUUGUCAUCGUCUCUGUCGCCGCCGUCACCCUCAUCGUCACCUCCUGCCCAGCUCUGUUCAGACGCCAUUCAGUUGCAGUUCGACGAUACCACCGUCUCUACGGCGAAGGCUAUUGAUAAAGGGUACUAA